AUGAAGCUAUUUGAUAAAAAUAAUCACACUGUGGUCACAGAAUUUUUCCUCUUAGGAUUUCAGGUCAACCAAGAUUUAAGAAUUUUGCUCUUCUCUCUUCUACUAUGUGUUAACUGUUGUACCGUUUUUGGAAACCUCCUGAUCAUCACCCUGAUCUCCACCAGUAGGACUCUCCAUACUCCAAUGUACUUCUUCAUCUCACAACUGUCCAUCGUGGACAUCUUGUUGACCACAGAUAUCACCCCCUUUAUGCUGUAUAUUCUGCUUAAAAAUGGGGCGGCCAUUACUUUUAUUGGCUGUUUGAUUCAGCUGUAUUUUUUCUGUGCUCUGGAAGUAUUUGAGUGUCUCCUCCUCACAGUGAUGUCUUAUGACAGAUAUGUGGCCAUCUGUAAUCCCCUCCGUUACACCUCUAUCAUGACUAAUGAAUAUUGUGUGAAACUGGUUGUUAUCUGUUGGUUGGCUGUUUUUUUAUUAGUAGUUAUUGACACUUUAACAAUAUUAAUGCUAAAGUUUUGUGGAACAAAUAUUAUUGACCAUUUUUUUUGCGACAUUGUUCCAUUGAUAAAAGUUGCCUGUUCAGGUACUCAGUUUGUUGAAUUAGAAGUUUCUGUACUUGGCCCUGCAGUACUUCUUAUACCAAUUACAAUAAUAAUAGUGUCAUAUGUCAACAUUAUUAUCACCAUCUUAAGGAUUCCAUCUAAUAUCAGUAGACAGAAAGCCUUCUCCACCUGUAGUUCCCACCUCACUGUUGUCUCCAUAUUUUACGGGACUCUGUUCAGUGUUUAUCUUGUGCCAAAAAAAGGACAAUCAUCGACCAUCAGUAAAGUCCUAUCACUGUUUUAUACCGUGUUUACUCCUUUCAUUAAUCCUAUAAUAUACAGUUUAAGAAAUAAGGACAUAAUAAAAGCCGUGAGGGAAACAAUUUUUUUUUCUAUUUCAUUUUGA